UGUUUGGGGUUCCUUAUUUUUCUGACUUUUGACUUAUUGGUGGGUAAAAGGACUUAUUUUAGUGUUUGGAUUUUCUGUUGUUGUGAGACAAGAAGUCAAGAAGUAAGAAAUUCUUACUUAUUUUGAGGGAAAAGGACUUUUAAUAAGUCAGAAAUAAGUUAAGCCAAACAUGCCCUAAUAAAACAAAACUCAGCACUCACUCUUUAUCUCUCUCUAUCUCACCUGCUGCCACCUCCAACCCCCAUCUGCCGCCGACCACCACCACUCGCCACUCACCUGCAACCGCCCCUAAAACCGCGCCACCUGGGUAACGCAUUAAAUUCAGGAGCAUUUUAUCGAAACUUCAAAAGGAUUGAUUUGUGUAGCUAUCUUCGGGGAUCAAGACAAACCAGCUUUGAUUACAUAUCCUGAUAUUGCUUUAAAUUGUAGCUGCUAUUCCCAACGUAAUGGAUUGGGCUUUUGUGAAUAGAAACUGGGAAAAGUGGGCAUCUAACAGUGUUGCUUCUGCCGCUGGUCAGUCAUUGAAGGCUGCUCUUCUAAUUAACUAUGAUCCAACUGGACCUUCUCGUCUACUCUCUACUAUUGCAGAAGAACAAGGCAUAGAAGCAGACCCGAUUGAAGUGGGUGAGUUUGUGAAUUUUGUCAAACGAGGCAAUUACCAGAGUGAAAGCUUCUUUAUUCAGUCAAAUCAAUAUGUUACUACAUCAAUACACGAAAGUUGGUUUUGUGCAAGGUGCUUGAACACAUCAAAGCCUGCUGGUGAAGGUGCUAUAGUCUACAAGACGCCAUCUUUCCUCAUUCUUGCCUUAUAUGACGGCUCCAUUGGUGCGGCCUCUCGUGCAAUGGCUGCAGUUGAUCGUUUUGCAUGGCAGUUGGAACGAAGAAAUCUAUGAGUCACAUACUUCUUUUUUUUUUUUUUAUUCCGUGUUUUGAGACGGUGUUUAAUUAUUAAUAGUUUGUUAGACUUACAUACGCGCUAAUUUGAGCCAGGCAUUUUAUCCUAGAUUGGACUCCAACCAUGACCGAGGAGAUAUAUAAAACAGGUAAUCUGGGAACUGAAACCAGUCCUUGCCUGAAAAAGCCUAUCUAGACGGGCUUACAAAGGUCUUAUUUUUGGUAGGAAGCCUUGUUAGAAGCCCAGCCCAGAAUACCCUGGUCUAAAUACGUUGAUUUGUUUCAGAUGUACAAAAAAGUUAAGUAAAAUUGAAGUUAGUUUGCACGGGGUACUUAA